AUGAUGAUCAAUAUACUCAAGAGAUCAAAUAUCACAAAACAGCUCAUCGAAUCUAAUAAAUCUGCGAUUUUGAAUUCAUUUAGAUAUUAUUCAUCAUCAUCAAAUAAUAACAAUGGAAAUAAAGUUGGAUUCGAAAAUUUAAAGGAUUUCACAGAUCAAUUCAAGAAUCCAAAACCAUUCGAUUACAGUCAACCAAUUGAUUAUGGAUUCAUUUCAAAGGAGUUGAAUCUACCGAUUUCAGAGAAAGGUAUCAAUUUAGAUAAGAAUCAACUCGCUAGCUUGGGUAUCGAUAUGGAUUUGUCGACAGCAGAGAAUCAUCAGGGUCUCAUUCAGUUGGAGCGUCUUCUUCGUACACCAGAGGGUAAGAGUUACCUCAAUCUGCUGAUCGCCGACAUCAAGUCGUCGUUCAACAUCGAAUCAGAGGAGCAAAUGAAGAUUCGUGUCAAGCAGCUGACCGACGAAUACUCGCUGAAGCUCGGUGACAAUGUCAAGAUCGAUCAAUUCAUCAAGGAGAAUCCCGAUCAGACCAAACUCAGCGCUCACCAACGUGACAUCGUAAACGAUUAUAUCGAGCGUCAUCCAUACAUCAAACACAUUCGUCAGACCGCACUCAUCAUGGAUCUGGUGGAUCUCGUCGAAGUCUACAACAAGUCGGACUCGCAGACAUUCCAAGCAGAGUUUGACAAGAAAUUCCUCAUCAAAGGACAAGACAACGCUGAGCUCUCACGUGAAUCCGAGAAGAAUUUGCGUGACCAACAAUUCGUUGGCCAAGAAGAAGUCGAUGACGACCAACUCUUUGCCGAGUCGACCGACAAACAGAAAGCACAAGACAACAUCUUGCGUAUGAUUAAAUCCGACCAGUUGCCAGCGUAUCUCGACCAGCUGUUCCUGAGUGCACAACAGACACUCGUGCCAAAGUCGGCGGAGCAAAUGGAGCGUGAAGCAACCGAUCCAAUGUUCAACGAGUUGCGUGCAAUCGAAGCGGACUUUAACGAGCCGUUGUUCCCCGAUGCCGACCUCGUCAAGCCGGUCGAGAUGCAAGAGCAAGCCAAAGAUCCAAAGUCGUUCCUCAAGUACUACCAACUCUACCCGGCCAAAGUCAGAAAGUGGAUCGACUACACACACACACCACUCGGUUUCUACACUGGUCUCGGUGUAUGGUACAACUUCCCAGAGUGGUACUCCAAGAAUUUCCCAGCGAUGAAGCCAGAGCAGAUCGUCACAGAGGAGAGCGUCUCCUCCAAGUUCGAAGAGAAGGAGCUACCAGAGGACUUGAGAGAGGUCUACCGUUUCGGUGUCACCAAAGAGGAAGCAGAGAUUCUUCAUCCAAAACUCAGAGACUUCCUUUCAUUCCGUAACGCCUCACAGGGUGAAGUCAACGCAUAUAGAAGACAAGUUUGUAUUCAAAAGUUCGGUAACGAUAAAAAUGAUACUGGAUCAACUUCAGUUCAAAUUGCAAUCUUUACUGAAAGAAUUAAUUAUUUAGAAGCACAUAUUCAAAAGAAUAACAAAGAUAACGUUGCAAAGAGAAGACUAUCAUUAUUGCAAUCAAAGAGAAAAUCAAUGAUUAACUAUCUAAAGAGCAAGAAUGUCGAAGAGUAUUUCCGUGUAACAAAGGAUUUGAAGAUUAGAAACUCAAUUUUAUAA